AUGACUUCGUCCAAGGAUAUGGGGCCUCUUACUGACCCUUUCUUCCCUACAAUUUUCCGCCAGAACCAAUUCAAAGCCAAAGCGCCCCCAGUCCCGUCGUCCAUGAAUCUCAAAGACCAAGUCGCCGUUGUUACAGGUGCAAAUGUUGGCCUCGGCCUCGAGUGCUGUCGUCAACUGCUCGAUCUCAAGCUUGGCCAUCUCAUACUUGCCGUCCGAUCAAUCGAAAAGGGAGAGGCCGCGGCCAAUGGACUGAGAAAGAAGUACACCAAAUCUCACAUUGAGAUCUGGAAAGUGGAUCUGGAAUCCUACGACUCAGUUCAGGCGUUUGGUCGGCGGGCGGAUAAGGAGUUGACGAGGCUGGACAUCGCCAUCCUCAAUGCUGGCCUGAUGACGUUCAAGUUCGGGCUGGUGAAGUCUACGGGCCACGAACAUAUGCUGCAGGUCAAUUACCUGUCGACCGCCCUGUUAUCUUUGCUGCUUCUCCCAGCGCUGCGUAAAGGAGCCAAGGAAGGCCGUCCGGGAAGGCUGACAAUCAUCAACGCCGGUCUUUCUCAUGUCGCCAAGCCUCCGUUCCUCAACACUACGGGCGAGACGAAGUCCAUGCUCGCCUCUUUCGAUGACGAAAAGGCUUUCAGCGCGGGAGAGUGGUACAACUCGUCCAAGGUGCUGAUGCACUUCUUCGUCUGGAAGCUUUCAGAACUUGUGCCGGCUGUUGAGGUGGUUGUGAAUCUUGUCGUGCUCGGCUACAUCAAAGGCACCGGUCUCGCUAGGGAGGUCUCUAUAAUGCUCAAGCCAUUGAUGAAAGGCUUCGAGGCGUUGACGGCGAGGAGUCUGUAUGACGGAGCCAGCACAUACGUCCACGCGGCCGUGGUGGAGGGCAAGGAGAGCCAUGGCUGUUGCUUGAUGAGUUGGAAGAUUUCGCCAUAUGCAGCAUUGCUGUACGGCACAGACGGACACAAAAUGAUCGAAAAGCUUUGGCGUGAGACGAUGGAUGAAGUCGGCGCACUCGGUGUCGAGAAGAAGUUGCUGUACGAGUAG